AUGCGUACGUGGUUUCGCAAGCUUCGCAAUGUGCCACAUGGAGGUAACGACACCUUCCGAGACAGGGACAAGAAGAGACUAGAAGAUUUUGUCACCGACUAUGCCUUUUGGGAUCCUCAGAGAGACCAGGCUCAUAUCUAUAGACUGUCUUCACACAUCAACCACGCUUGUCAAAUGUGUGCCAACGCUGGUUUCUGGGUGGACUCUGCCUAUCCCCACCGCAUAGUCGUCACGCUGGUCCGGGGAGUCAGGCAUGGCGACGAGAUAUUCAUUUGCUACGGCAAGACGAAUACACCUUAUGGCUGUGCGCUUUGCCAACGAGGACAGAGACUGGACCGCAGAAUCUGGGCUUUCGUCAAGGACCUUUGCACACGCCAACACAAAGCAACCCCGAAUCGAUAUGAACAAAAUCUGGGAAGGACUCACCACCCCGCGGAAUUAGUCAACGCGAGGCCCUCUUCGCGCACGUCCGGCGGCUCACGCACGUCCGGCGGCUCUGACAAAACGCUGGUGCAUAAUGGAAUCGACGACCGACUCCUCCUACCAGACAGCUGGAGCUAG